AUGGAGUUGGGGGGCGGCGGCGGGCCCGCGCCGGGCCCCGGGCAGGCGGCGCUGGGGCGGGGGGGCCUCGAGUUCCUGCAGCACACGGUGGGCUCCCUGCUGUCCAGCUAUGGCUGGUACAUCCUCUUGGCCGGUGUCGCCAUCUAUCUCCUCAUCCAGAAGAUAUCCCAGAGCCUGGCGGCCAGGCCGAGCGGCCAGCCGGGAGCAGCUGACGCAGCUGUGGAACCUGACGUGGUGGUAAGAAGGCAGGAAGCUUUGACAGCAGCUCGCCUCAGGAUGCAAGAGGAGUUGAAUGCACAAGCAGAAAGAUACAAAGAAAAACAAAGACAGCUUGAAGAAGAGAAGCGAAGGCAGAAGAUAGCAAUGUGGGAAAGUAUGCAAGAAGGAAAAAGCUAUAAAGGAAACCUGAAACUGAAUCAGCAAGAAGUAGAAUCUGGUGCCUCCACCUCAUCAGCAGUCCCAAAAUCUAAACCAAACAAAAAGCCCUUGCGAGGAGGUGGCUAUAACCCCCUGUCUGGAGAAGGAGGAGGAACUUGUUCCUGGAGACCAGGCCGGAGAGGCCCGUCAGCAGGUGGAUGAGGCUAACCUCCCUAGUGUCUCAUGUCACUAGCAGGCUUGAUCUUACCCACUGUCUAACUGCCUACAGUUCGCAUGUCACAGUGACUCCUUUGGGAUUUGGCUUAGUGCAGGUGUUAACUUGAAAACAGAUUUACGCCAUUUCCAAAGAGUAACGCAGAAGCUGAUACUACACAAGAAAAAUACCUGGUCCUCCUAGAGAGGAUGAAAAAAGAAACAAUUUCAGUGUAAUCAGUUAAUUUUCACGCUUCUGUAGAGAGGAAGCGUAGUCUCCAGCCAAGGUGAAUCACCUGGGAUUGAGAGAUCUGGGUUCUGUGGCUGGCUAUUCAAAAGACUGGCCUCAGGCAAAUUUAAUUAUCUACGCUCGGUUUACCUCUGUAAAAUUAGGAUAUUUACCAUCCUCAGACGUGUUACCAGAUUUACUGUGUUUGGCUGGAAGGUACUUUAGAGGGGAAGAAUAUUAUCACCGGCAGAUACCUUGAAUUUUAGGAGGAGGGACUUUCAGAAAAAACAGAUGAACUGACAAGCGCCACGGAUUUGCACCGAAGGCCAGUUAUUGCCGGAGAGUCUCUGUGACAAGCUACCUUGAAUGAUGUUUUCCUUAUAAAUGGUAAACAAGCCAGUGAGGAUUACUGAUGCUAGACAGCAGAUGGGGGGUUUCUUGCUAUUCCUUUUUUUUUUUUUUAUUUCAACCGCUUUGUAAAAACACUAUUAAUAUUAAAUAUAAUUGCAAACGAA